AUGUCGCCACCCUUGCCGCAUGCAGGCUACGAUGGUUUGAACGAGACGAGUGACGCUCAGCAGUGGGGCGACAUACAUGAGAAGUUCGACGGUGACAGGCUCGACAUCGAUGGUCAUCCCGUUAUGCAAAAGUGGGAGGCGCCGUACAUGCACGCCCUCGCGGAGAUAGCUACCUCUAACGGCGGCAGAGUCCUCGAGCUUGGUUUUGGGCUCGGACUGUCGGCAAGUGCUGUACAGAAGCAUGACAUCGAUGAGCAUAUCAUCAUAGAAGCCAAUAAGGAUGUAUUCAAGCGGUUAGAGGCAUUCGCAUCGAAGGCCCCACAUAAAGUAACACCUAUGCUGGGCCUCGCCCGUGAGGUUGUUGCGACGCUACCUGACAACAGUAUCGACGGCAUCCUCUACGACACUUAUCCCCAUGAUAAAGAUGAGCAACAUACACAUCAAUUCAAGUUCAUUAAGGAGGCCUACAGAGUGCUCAAACCCGGAGGAGUUCUCACCUACUGCAAUCUGACGUCUAUUGGUAGUUUCAUCGUAGGUGAGUACGAAUCUUGGCAAGAGCUCUGGGAGAAGACACAGCUACCACAUGUUCGUGCAUGUGGAUUCAACGAUGCCGGUAUCAAGCCCAUUCGCAUCUUCCCUGUCACUCCCGAUCAAGGAUGCGAGUACUAUGAGCAUAGUGAGGCGCUGAUCCCCGUCCUCUACAAGUAA